AUGAAGGCCUCUCUUUCUCUGCUUUUGCUGGCUACUGCCAGCAUGGCGAGCGCCGCCAUGUCUGUUUCGGAGUGCGCACAAAUGUGUCUCAACAACAUGAACAACAAGGCUGGCGAGCUGGGCUGCUCCAGCGGCGACACCGACUGUCUCUGCAAAAGUGUCAACUACGGAUAUGGUAUCCGAGAUUGCACUGCCGAGGCCUGCCCUGGCGACAAUACCGCCUCUGUUUUAUCCACCGCCCUUGCCUCUUGCCCUAGUGACUCUGCAGCUGUCACUGGCACAGGAGCUAACUCCGGUUCUGGCUCUGGCUCCGGCUCUGGCUCUUCCGCCACCGGUACCAACACUGCUACCGGCAGCGGCAGCGACUCGACUGGUGGUGCUGGCGCCGGCGCCUCCGGCUCUAGCACUGGUUCUGGUGCCUCUGCCACCGGCACUGACGCAUCUACUACUGGCACUGCUGCCUCUGCUACUGGCACUACUGCCUCCGAGACGACGGCUUCCAACACUGGUGCCACUACCACAGCUACGACAAUGACUACUACUACCAGCACCACUUCCACCUCUGACAACAGCUCCUCCACUGGUAGCAGUUCCUCUGAGACCGGAUCUGGCAGCGGCUCUUCCACCUCUACCGGUUCUGGCUCUGGCUCUUCUUCCACUCAGACUGCCCCCUCCAGCUCGUCCACUGGCAACGUUGCCCCUCGCGGCGCUGUCGUUGGUUCCGGUGCUGUUGGAGCGCUGGCCCUCGCUGCCUUGGUUGUCCUCUAA